AUGAGCAUCCCGGCUUUCGCUGUGGCCUCUGCCCUUGAGGCCUCGAACGUGCUGGUCGACAAGAAAGAGAGUUUCACGAUCAAAGCAAUCUUCAAAACUGAUCGUUUUGUAACGAAUGCUCUGACUGCCCUGCCUGCUAUCGCCUUGGCCUCCCUUUUGAUUAUCAAGCCGUCGAGUUUUACGACGGACAUAGUCACUUGUACCAUCAGGACCAAGCCUGAAGCGCACUCUCUCUCUGGUCAUCUAAUCCACGAUAACUCCCAGCUCGCCGACCAAAACUUCAUCAAUGCCUACUGCAACGCCAACUUGAAGAACUAUACAGUCGAUGCAAAUGGAAUUGUUGCUCCUACCAAGCCGAUGUCUUACAAAUUCGUCAAGAUGUUUCCUUUCCAUUUGCUGACUCUGAUCAUAAUUGGUGGCUGGACUGGACUUUGCUGGGAGAUAACGAGUAAAAAACGGUUGAGCCAGGCUGAGUAUCUUUUCGAUGGCUUGGAAGAAGCAGCAGGAGACCUUAUUAAUGCUCUCCGCUCGAUUUCCCAUCUUCUGGCUGCGAAAACCACGAAGAAACUCAAAAAAACUUCUCAGAGUGGUGGAACUUUGGCGAGAAUGAAGGCGAAUCGUAACGUUUAG